AAACCGUCAGAUCACAUUAACCCAUUUUGCCAUCUCCCAAUAUAGAAAACUAUUUCUAUUUCGUUCUUAUCCGCAGUCACACAAAAAAAUACUCCGUCAUUUUUUUUUUUCUUUUCUCAUUUUUUCAUAAUAAUCUUCUUCUACUCUUCUACUUCUAGUAUAUAGAAUUUGAAUCACUUUCUUUCUUCUAACUUUUUCCAUUACUCAACGUUUCAUUUAAUCUUCUUUCUCACACAAACAUAAACACAAACACAAACACUGCACUUUUAUUCUUUUCUUAAAUUUUCAAUUUCAAACAACAACAAUGCUUUCUAGAUCUUGUUUAGGUUUACUAAAUCAUCAACUAUCACUAAACAACAACAACGAUGAUGAUUACGAAAACAUAAACACCGUUCAACAACAAUUCAUCACAACGUUAAACCAACAACAACAACCCAAUUUUCAACAUUCAAACAACGUUCUUUCACUUCCUUCAUCACCAAUUUCUCGUAAACAAAGAAUGAUUAUAGUAUCAAACCAGUUACCAAUACGCGUCGUUUCAUCUUCUCACAACGAUGAAAACUUCAAAUUUGAAUGGGAUGUUGAUAGCAUAACGUUUCAGCUCAAAGAAGGUUUAUCUUCUGAUUCUGAAGUUUUUUACGUUGGUUCGUUGAAAACACAGAUUGAAAUUGAACCGUCACAACAAGAAGAAAUUGCGAAAAUUUUGUUACAUGAAUUUCGUUGUGUUCCAACUUUUUUACCUUCAGAAAUUCACAGUGGAUUCUACCAUGGUUUCUGUAAGCAUUAUCUUUGGCCUCUGUUUCACUAUAUGGUUCCUGUAACGAAGAGUCAAGGUGCACGUUUUGAUGAUUCUCAGUGGCGUGCUUAUGUUACUGCAAAUAGAAUCUUCGCCGACAAGGUACGAGAAGUUCUUAACGCUGAUGAGGAUUAUGUUUGGGUUCAUGAUUAUCAUCUUAUGAUUUUGCCAACUUAUUUGAGGAAACGUUUUCCUAAAGUCAAAUUGGGUUUUUUUCUUCAUAACACUUUUCCUACUUCGGAAAUUUAUAGAACAAUCCCUGUUCGUGAGGAUAUUUUGAGGGGUUUGUUGAAUUGUGAUUUAAUUGGGUUUCAUACUUUUGAUUAUGCAAGACAUUUUUUGUCUUGUUGUGGUAGAAUGUUGGGUUUGGAUUAUGAGUCUAAAAGAGGUUACAUUGGACUUGAUUACUUUGGGAGAAAUGUUACUAUUAAGAUUCUUCCUGUGGGGAUUCACAUGGGUCUUCUCGAAUCGGUUUUGUCGUUGUCUGAUACAGCUAAGAGGGUGAAGGAGUUGAAGGAAGAGUAUGAAGGGAAAGAUGUGAUUUUGGGGGUUGAUGAUAUGGAUUUGUUUAAAGGUAUUGGGUUGAAGUUUUUGGCAUUGGGGAAGCUUUUGGAGGAUAAUGAAAAAUUAAGGGGUCAAGUUGUGUUGGUUCAGAUUCUGAAUCAAGCGAGGAGUAGCGGAAAAGAUAUUCAGGAUUUGAAGUUUGAGAUUGAAGCGAUUGCUAAAGAGGUUAACAAUGAAUAUGGUGAUGAACAAUCUGGGUAUAGGCCAAUUGUUUGUAUAAAUGGACCGGUUUCGACUCAGGAAAAGGUUGCAUACUAUGCUAUAUCGGAAUGUUGUAUUGUGAAUGCUGUGAGAGAUGGGAUGAAUUUGAUGCCUUAUGAGUAUACUGUUUGCAGACAAGGAAGUGCUAAAUUGGACAAAGCACUUGAGGUGGAAAAUGAUGAGGCUAAAAAGAGUGUUAUUAUUGUUUCUGAGUUCAUUGGUUGUUCGCCUUCGCUCAGCGGCGCAAUUCGGGUGAAUCCGUGGAACAUUGACGAUGUUUCUGAGAAGAUUAACUCAGCACUCAAAAUGACAGAUUCCGAGAAGCAAUUGCGGCACAAGAAGAAUUAUAAGUACAUAAGCUCCCAUGAUGUAGCGUAUUGGGCUAAGAGUUUUGAUCAGGAUUUAGAGAGAGCUUGUAGGGAGCAUUAUCUCAAAGUAUAUGUUGGAUUCGGACUUGAUCAUUUUAGAAUCAUUGCUUUGGAUCCUAGUUUUAAGAAGCUCUGUCUUGAUGACAUUGUCCCUGCUUACAGAGAUACAAAGAGUAGAUUGAUCCUUUUGGAUUAUGAUGGCACCAUGAUGCCUCAGGGAUCAACAAACAAAGCUCCAAGUUCUGUUGUUAUCAAUCUCUUGAAUUCCUUAUGCAGUGAUCCCAAAAAUAAAGUGUUCAUUGUUAGUGGCAGGGGUAGAGUUUGCCUUAGCGACUGGUUUUCUCCAUGUGACAAAUUGGGUCUCUCUGCAGAACAUGGUUACUUCACUAGGUGGAGUAAGGAUUCACAUUGGACGACUUGCAGAUUGGCAUCAGAUUUUGAUUGGAAAAUUAAUGUAGAAAAGGUGAUGUCGCUUUAUACAGAAGCAACGGAUGGUUCCUUCAUUGAAGAAAAGGAAAGUGCAAUGGUUUGGCAACAUCAAGAAGCAGAUCCUGAUUUUGGACUGUGGCAAGCUAAAGAGCUUCUUGUUCACCUUGAGAGUAUGCUGGCCAAUGAUCCUGUAGUAGUUAAAAGGGGACAGCAUAUUGUUGAAGUAAAGCCUCAGGGUGUGAGCAAAGGUAAAGUAGUGGAAGAGCUUAUAUCAACCAUGAGGAAUGAAGGGAAGUCACCAGAUUUUCUGCUAUGCAUAGGAGAUGAUAGAUCAGAUGAAGAUAUGUUUGAAAGCAUUGCUAAUUUAGCUUUAUCAACCAUAUCACAAGUUUUUGCAUGCACUAUUGGUUUUAAACCAAGCAGGGCUAAAUACUAUUUGGAUGAUACUGGUCAUGUUAUCAAUCUGCUCGAAGGACUUGCCGCAACAUCAGCAGCAGAUUUAAGCACAGUGUAGAAAGAAUUCUCUUUACAGAAAACAAUGUUGUACAGAAUGGUAGAUACCUUCUUCAUAGGUUCAUUUUGGAUGAAAAAAAAGGUCAAUCAAUACUUGUAGAAUUUUACAGAUUAGCUAGUUAGCUUAUUCAUGUAACUAGCAGCAAAAUUUCUUUCUUUUUGUAUGAAAAGGAAUGAAUACAGGUUUAUGCUUUUGUGAAACGAAUUACCUAACAUCAAUA